AUGCCUGCGAAAAAGACAGCAACAAAUUCUUCUCCUGCAUCUACCUCUGUAGAUUUGCCAGUAGAGGUGAAGAAUGACAAUGAAAAAUCAGGUUCGACAACUCGUAAAAUUGCUUCUCAUCCCUCAACAGCCAUUAUGGUGAGAGAAGCAAUUAAGGAGCUGGACUCGCGGAAAGGCGUUUCUUCACAGGCAAUACAGGGCUACAUUAAACAGAAAUACCCUACAGUGGAUUUGUUGAAGCUCAAGUAUUUGGUUCGCAGAGUCUUGAAAAAAGGACUUGAAACCGGCACACUGGUGAGGCCUGCAAAUGCUACGGUCACCACUGGCGCGCAGGGAAAAUUCAGGCUUGCACCACAAGCCAAGCAGCUAAAACCAAGGAGUGAGAAUGCUGAUCCCAAUGUGCAAGUGAACCAAAAACCAGUGAAGGAAGGGGCAAAGAAACACACAAAAACUGGUGCAGCAAAAGACAAAGGCUCUGCAAACAAAAAGACUCUCUCUGAGGAUGCAAAACCUCCCAAAAAGUCAAAAGGAGCAGAGGCGACCGCCUCAGAAGUUGCUCCAGCAAAGAAGCCCAAAGCUAAACGAGCAGAGGGUGUAGCUGGCAAAGGUGCUACUGGACCUGCUAAAGCAAAGUCUGGAAAGGAAGUGAAGACCAAGGCUCCGAAAGCGGCCGGUGACUCUUCUAAAGGGAAACGAGGAAAGAGUGUGCAGUAA